GCUGCGUGGCUCGCUCCUCAAAGGAAAAGGCAAGGACGUGGCCGACGCGGAACCCUCAUCCUAGAGGGAUUCCCGUCCUCCGCUCGCUCCCCCGACCACUGGAGGGACCGGGAGGAGCGGUCCUCCCCACGUGGUUGUUGGUCCCGCUCUCAAGUGCGCUCAGGUCGCUCGGAGCGAUCCCCGCCUUGCCACUACAACCCGCCCAAGCGCCAGGCCCAAUUCCCACCGUCUGGUAUCGGUGGCAAGGCGGGCAAGGCUGGCAAAGUCACUUUUGCCAAGAAGAAGAAAAAGAAGGGCGGUCAUCCCUCCAAUGGCGAUGCCGAGAAGGCGUCUUAGGUGUCCCACCCUUUGGCCCCAUAUACGGUGGACGCUCCGAUCGCGGUUGCCGCUCGCGUUGUGGCUGUGUCGUGCUUCAACUGCGGGGAGGAGGGCCAUUACCAAGCCGUAUGCAAGAAACCCCCGUCCUGCCACAAAUGCAAGCGCACAGAGCACCCUGCUCUGUUGUGCCCAGAGGGUGGCCUAGACAAUGAGAUGAUGUUGUAGAGUCACGCACUCGAUGAUUUCAGAUACUACCAGCUAGAGGUUCCUGAGGCUCCUGCUUCAUCGGCGCUCUCUGCCCUCAUCUCGGUCCUGGGUGGGAGGACUGCAUCUCCUGCCAUCAUAACGGCAGAGCUGCAGCACCUCUUCAAGAUGAACUGGAAUUGGGGGGUCACGAAGAUCUCGGAUCAUGAGUUCACACCACUCUUCCCUGAUCCAGCUAGCCUGCGCUUUGGAACCCCCAUCGGUGAACUCACCUUGACUCUAAACAAGCUCACCGUCAAUAUCUCUGUUCCGGAGGUUGAUCCUCUUGUUGCGGCCGUGCUUGAGCCUGUGUGGGUUCAGAUUAGGGGCGUUCCCCCGAUUGCCAAGCAAAUCAAGGUGAUUCGCAAGAUGUCGCAGCUCCUUGGAAAGAUUCUGGAGGUGGACGAGGCGUCCCUGUUCAAGACAACAGUACGUGUCAAACUCCCGACCCAUGACUCGUCCAAGCUCCAGACUAUCAUGCAAAUCUUCUUCAACCGCGCGGGCUACAACGUCCGUAUCUCCGUCGAGGACGCGGAGACGCUGGGUGACGGAGGCUUGCCGCCCGACGCGGGCCACCCUGGGCCCAAGGAUGAGGGUGGUGUGGGCACUGGUCGUGACCCUCCCGUUGCCGUCCAUCCGCGUCCCCCUCGGCUGGCAGCGACGAUGAUGUCGCGGAUGAUGCGUCGGGCCCACUAUCGCAGCCAUCUCAGGCCGCCGGUCCGGACAAAUCCACUACAUCCCUGGACGCUGGUACGCUGGUGGGUGAGGCUCAGCACACACCUCUCCCACGACCAGGGGAGGACCCGCCGGACUCUUGUGGCUCCGUGAUGCCGGCCUCACCUCGCUCACUUGGGGCGAGCGAUGCCAAUAGUGUGGGGUUGGAGGUCUUCCCACCCUCUUCGCCCCGGGUGGGUUCAUCGGUGGGGCGUUCAGAUGAGCCCAACCCCACUCUGUCACUGCUGCCAACACGUGAUGGGCCCGAUGGUUCGCCUUCGUCCCCUGAUGCGACGAUGCACCCCUCCACCCGGCUGUUUGACAGGCCCCUAGACCCGCCGCCUCACCCACCCCGUCCCAAAGGCAGGCCCUAGUUGGCCUCUUCUCCUACGACGGUGGCAUGGAAGAGUGCGCUCAUCGAUUCUUCGAGCGUGGUGGGGGCGUCGCCCAACGCCAUCGAGAAGGCCGAGCGUCGGGCGGCGUUACGUGACCUGGACCUAGAUGUGGAGAGAGCUUUUAGGAUUCUGUGGCUCAAUUUACUUUUGUGUGAGGACCAACUAGGUUUUGGCAUCAAGAGAUCUUUUGGUAUAUCAUCACGGCAUGCGUGAUCAUCCAAACAUGAUCAUUAAGAAUGAGCAUGAUUUUUUUAUUACACCUUCUAUGAACUCAUGGGUAAACUCAUACAUCCGCAUAGAAGGGAGGAGUGAAUCCGAUGCUUUCUUGAGGCGUAUCAUGACAUUCGAGAUACCGAUAUGAACGUCGAUGUUAAAAAAGAUGUCAUGGAGGAGCGGUGGAACUGGGACGGAAAAUAACAUCCUUAGUUCAUCUUCUUGUGCGAUGAAUGAUUUGUGUAAUGAACAAUUUGUGUGAUGUGUGAUAAAUAACUUACGUAAUAUUGCGGAUUGAUGAACAAUUUAUGCGAUGUGUGGUGGCAAUUUAUGCUUGUAAUGUUUGUAAUUUAUUUGUGUUGAAAUCAUUUGAGAUGAUUCCGUAUAAAAAUGUUCAAUAUGUA